AUGACGGCCCACCCGUCCAUUGCCGCCGCGCAAGCUGCUGUAGUCGACCCAAGCCCGAUACCUCAAUCCAGAGAAACUGGAGACGCAUUCCCGCAAAAAGCACAGGAUGGAGUCCAGCUAAGGCCACCGCCGCCUGUCGCAAAGUCAUGGGCCCAUUUUGUCGCCGGAGGCCUGGGUGGAAUGACGGCCGCUACCUUGACCUGUCCUCUUGACGUCCUAAAAACUCGACUACAAUCCGACUUUUACCAAUCACAACUCUCCGCCGCUCGCGCCGCACGAGGUGUCCCUCCCUUGUCGCAACUCUCCUACUCCCGAACUGCUGUCCUUCACAUCCGAGAAACCUUCCAAAUCUUGACCGCCAUCCCUCGUACCGAAGGUUACCGCGCUCUCUUCAAGGGUCUGGGACCCAAUCUCAUCGGUGUCGUGCCAGCACGAGCCAUCAACUUCUUCGCAUACGGAAACGGAAAGAGAAUAUUGUCGCAAAACUUCAACGAUGGCAAGGAAGCCUCUUGGGUGCAUUUGCUAGCUGCUGCUGGAUCUGGCAUGCUCACUGGAACAGCCACCAACCCUAUUUGGCUGGUAAAGACGCGACUGCAACUGGACAAAUCAAGAGCCGAGAAGACUGGCAGUGGCCUGGACGGAAGGAAAUACAAGAACGCUCUGGACUGCACCAUGCAAACUGUGCGCUCAGAAGGCAUUCGCGGACUGUACAGAGGAUUGAGCGCGAGCUACCUGGGCGUGACGGAAAGCACACUACAAUGGGUCCUCUACGAGAAGAUGAAGAGCUACAUCGCUGUACGGGAAGAGCGCAUCGCCCUCGCCGGCCGCCCACGAACAUCCUGGGACGAGGCCAUUUCCUGGUCCCUCAAACUUGGGGCAGCCGGAAGCGCCAAGUUCGUCGCUGCACUUAUCACAUACCCCCAUGAGGUCGUCCGUACGCGACUGCGACAAGCCCCUGUCACCACUUCGAUUGAUGGCGUGCCCCAACUCAAAUACACUGGCUUGGCCCAGUGCUUCAAGCUGGUCUGGAAGGAGGAGGGUAUGGCUGCUCUGUACGGUGGCUUGGUGCCGCAUAUGCUCAGAGUCGUGCCCAGCGCCGCCAUCAUGUUUGGCAUGUACGAGGCUGUCCUUCGCUUCCUGGGAACCGACUCGGGUGUGUAA